GAGGGAGAGAGAGGUAGUGAGCGGCCGGCCGGCGGAGGCGGCGGUACCGGGGAUAUCCUCACCGGGAGGCGCCGCGACGCGACACAACAGCCGCAAACUUUGGGAAAGUUUGCCAAGUUUUGUGAUUUUUUUGGGGGGGAAAGUUUUUGCGAAGUUUUGUGAAUUUUUUUUUGUUGGAAAAGUUGUGAAAAGUUUGCAAAGAAGUUGUUGUGAAGUUUGCAAAUCCCCCCGGGAGGGUUCUUUUGGAAAGUUGAGAAAAGUUUGCGAAGCUCUUGUGAAAAGUUUGCUAAGUUCUUCUGAAGUUUGCAAAGAAGCUCUUGUGAAGUUUGCAAAGCCCCCGGGAGUUUGCACGGUUGCCGAAGUUUGUGUGAAGUUGAGUGUUGGUCUGUGCCGGGUGGCCGGUGCACGAUGCGUGCUCGGCGGCUGCUGCUGCUGCUACUCCUCGCCCUGGACGCCGUGUCGCUGGGCCGGCCGCUCUCCACCUGCACCACGGUGGACACGGAACACAUGAAGAAGAAGCGGGUGGAGGCGAUCCGCGGCCAGAUCCUCAGCAAGCUGCGCUUCAGCAGCCCGCCCGACGAGCCGGGGCCGGCCGAGGUGCCGCUACAGGUCCUGGCCAUGUACAACAGCACCCGGCUCCUGUUGCAGGAGCUGGGCCGCGACCAGCAGCACCAACAGCACGCCUGCCUCUCCCACAACACGCAGCUGGAGUACUACGCCAAGGAGGUCUACAAGUUCGACAUGAUCACCGGGCCCGCCAUCGACAAUGAUGUGAGCUCGUGUCGUGGCAUCACGUCCAAGGUUUUCCACUUCGACGUCUCCUCCAUGGAGAAGAACGUGUCCAACCUGUUCCGGGCCGAGUUCCGGGCUCUGCGGGUCCCCAACGGCAGCGCCAAGCGGAACGAGCAGCGCAUCGAAGUGUAUCAGAUUGUGAAGCCGGACGACCACAUUGCCAAGCAGCGCUACAUCGCGGGGAAGGUGGUGCUGACCAAGGGCUUCAGCGAGUGGGUGUCAUUCGAUGUCACCGACAGCGUCAAGGAGUGGCUCGUCAACCGGGACACCAACCUGGGUCUGGAGAUCAGUGUCCACUGUCCCUGCCACACCUUCCACGCCAACGGCAUCAUCUCCACCGAGGGUGAAGUCCUUGACGUCAAGUUUAAAGGGAUUGAUGACUAUGAGUUUGCGGAGCGCGGGGACCUGGGACGGCUGCAGAAACGCAAGGAGCAGAAGCUGUUGUACGAGGGUCCGAACAACCCCCACCUCAUCCUCAUGGUGCUGCCCCCCCACCGGCUGGACAGCCAGCGACAACGCCGCCGCCGAGCUCUCGACACCGCCUACUGCUUCAGGCACUAUGAGGAUAACUGCUGCGUGCGCCCGCUCUACAUUGACUUCCGCCAGGACCUGGGCUGGAAGUGGAUCCACGAACCCAAGGGCUAUUAUGCAAACUUCUGCGCCGGCCCCUGCCCGUACUUGCGCAGCACCGACACGCAACACGGCACGGUGCUGGGACUGUACAACACGCUGAACCCAGAGGCCUCGGCCAGUCCGUGCUGCGCUGCCCAGGACCUGGAACCAUUGACCAUCCUCUACUACGUGGGCCGGACACCCAAGGUGGAACAACUGUCCAACAUGAUCGUCAAGUCUUGCAAAUGUAGCUGAGGGGCGCCCCGUGUACACGCGUGUCAACAUGGGUGUGGUACGUGUGCGGGCAGCAUUUGUGUGGACUAGUGCCGGUCACGUGUGUGCUCUUGUUUGUGUGUACAUGUUUGCAGCCCGCACUUGUGUGCACACGUGUAUGGUCUGUGUUUAUGUCUGAGGAAUGCGUGUGUACAGGUGUGUGAUCUGUGUGCGGUACCUGAGCAUGUAUGUGAAAGGUAUCUUUGUAGGAAGUACACAUAUACAUGCAUGUAAGAUACACGUGUGUGUGUGUGCGCGCAAGAGAAUGUGUGUAGGGUGAGUGUGGGUCCAUGUUGGAGGUGUGUGCACAUGUGUGUCUUCCUGCGUGUGUGUGCACGUGUGUGCCUGUGUGAGUGACUGUGUACGUGUGUGCGCGCGUGAGGGGCAGGCUCUGAGACCAGGCUGCAGACGGCCGGAGGGGAUGGGACGGUGCAGUGACCGGCGGCCUGGAUGGACGGAGAGAUUCACAACAGGGACACAACGGGCUGAGAGUCGGGGUCUGAGCCGUGGUCAUUGAGGAGAUGGGGGGAGCGUGGAGGAGACAGUGUGGAUCCCACGACCCCACACACUGCCCGUCCCAAGCUCCACGGACACGUUAAACCCAGCAAGCAGCCGGAGCACGGGGCGAGGAUGCCCGUCGGGGUCACCACGGGGUGAGCUGAACCUGGCGCUCGGCUGAGACCAUCAAGGACACAGACACUGAGCCGUGGAGCUCCAGACAGAGGCUGAGGGGUGACCUUACUGAGGGUCAAGACCAUGAGGGUCACGGAUAAAGUGAACGCUCUCACUCCGUUCCCCACGAUAGAGGAUUCUAGAAUUAGAGGACACGGGCUUGAGGUGAGAGGGGAGAGAUAUGAGGGGCAACGUUUUCACUCGGAGUGCAGUCCGUAAGUGGAGCGAGCGGCUGGAGGGAGCUCUCGAUGUGCAUACAAUUAUGGGCUUUCAAAGACCGAUGGACAGAUACAUGGAGGUUCCGGGCCAAACACGGGCAAAUGGGGCUGGUCCAGGUGGGCGGCACGGACAAGAUGGGCUGAAGGGCCUGUCCCCGUGCUCUUGUGUGACCAGGAUCGGUCAGAGGUCAGUGACCCACGAGUGUGUGAAUCAGUGCCACCCGCUGCACACCACACCGCAGUCUGUGUUAAGGCAUCGUGGUUCUGUGACGGGGGAUUGGAGCAGCCAAGGCGGACCCCGCUCUGGCCCCACGGAACCCCAGGCCUUCCUCCCCCCGGUCUCCCCCCCCCCCCCCCCCCAGACUUUCUCUCUCGCCCCAUGUCUCCGCCUUGCUCCUGUCUAUGGGCUGCAGCCCCAUUGCUGGGACAGAUGGUCAAUGCUGCUGCACCUGGAUGUUUGCGGUGCCUCGGUCUUGACCCCAGGCCGGUUGGGAGCAUUGCCCUGUGACCUCUGGCCGCCCAGUGCUGGGCUCCAGGAGUCGCUCGUGGUUCCGGGACGGGGUGAGCUGGAAGUGGCUGAUCCCUGGGCAGGGGUCCACUGCAGAGUCGGGGGGCAAUCAGGCCACUGUUUCUCGGACGAGGGGGGCAGGCAGGCAGCACCACUGGUGAGGGUGGUUAGAGUGGCUACAGGUUGAGGCCAGUGUACACUAGUCACUGCUGGAGUGUGAGCACCUGAUCAUCUACCCUCACACACUCUCAGUCAAUGGAGCACAGCUCUCAACAGGAGGCGAGGAUGAUGAAUAGCAGCAGACAUGCCGGUUAUCCUCACAGGGACAUGGGAGUGGAGCUCUGCCAAAGCACUUACUACACAUUCCCACUCUGGGAAUGUCCCACUCUGGGAAUGUUGGCACUGGGGCAGGCAACCACAGGUGGGUCUCAGAAGCAGGAAUGGGAGCAGUGUCUGGAAUAAAACUAGUCAAGACAGCGAGCCCAUCAUCCUCAUCUCCAGAUGGAGACUGGGGGACCUCGAACGCUGCUGUAUCAGAGCUGAAGACUCCAAUUGUCCACUUGGAGAAGGUCAUCACACAAACCAAGAAACAAAGCUGACAAACCACAGUUGGAGACUGCAGCCGUCCAUCAAUGAAGCCGUGACACUCGAGUUGGUGCCUCUUGCUGUGUGGCUGCAACUGUCAAGGCUGGCUUUGGUAUUUCACACAAAGGCCAGUCACAUCUUGACAACAGAACGACCGGCUCCACACCAACAACUUAAUUUGGAAACCUGAUCGUUGUUCUCUGACCAUUUGAAGGAGAGGAGCUGAUUGGAGAUGGGAGAUGGAGAAUUCCAACUGGGCCACAACAGGAGACGGCCAUCGAGUGGGACAAACGUCAGAUGGGGCUGCAGUGGGAAUGAUAUUGGCAAAUAAUGGCCCCUCGACUCGCACUUGUCCCGGGAAGUUAACCCUUCCCUCAACAAAGAGCCACCGUUGUGACUGUUGCUGCCAUCCCGUACAAACCAGGAACCGCAGAUGCUCUACCGUCCACAAAGACACAGAGUGCUGGAGUAACUCAGUGGGUCAGGCAGCAUCUGUGGAGGAGGUGGAUAGGUGACGUUAGCUCUGGGAUCCCUGCACUGCUCCAGAGUGUGAGGUGCUGUGGCCUCACCUGCCCGUAACUCUGGGAGCAUCUCUGCCACAAGCUGCACAUCCCACCCUGCUAAUUUAUUUUCAGUACUUUUUUUUUUCCAUUAUUGAAUAAACUUUUUUUU